AUGGGACUAGCGGUAGUUCCAUCGGUGCCCGUGAAACAAAGAUCCGAUGCAGUGGGAGAGAUGGCACCCGCUCUUACCGAGCCACUAAGCCAAAGCAAACUGUCCUCGUCAGCUGCGUCGGGCGCCUCUCCGAGGACGAGCAGCAACACGACGACCACAGCCACUACCACAUUCGACGGAACCACUAUCAUCACCUCACCGGAAAAUUUUCACAGCGAACUGGACCACCACCAACAGCAGCAGCAGCAGCAACAGCAACAAACGCAACUGUUGGAGCAAUUUGCCGAUGCACAAUCACAUCACCACUCGUUAACGGUCGGUGGUACGGUGGAUGUGUCUGAAACUGUGGUGGUGACGUCCACAACAACGGCACUACAGGAGGAGGGCGUUAUCCCCGGUGGCGGUAGUGGUGUGUCACAAGUCCAGGGAACGACGGCAAUGUCGAUGCUGUUGGAUUCGAGCGACGGUGUUGGCUCGACCACUGUGGACGACAUACAGAAUAACAAUAGUGGUGAGCCGGGCUUGAAGAUCGAUGCCGAUACCAACCGGGACCUGAUCGAACUAGCGCUGGAACAACUGCAUCAAGACGCGACCAUGGGCGGCGGUGGCAAUGGAAACGAAACACCCGCGGUAGACGCGAUGGCGGUGACCAAUGUGGUUGAUAUGGCAUCCGUGACGUCACAUUCCGCAAUGCCUGGUACCAUUUUGCAGCCACAACAAUCCAGUGAUCUGAUGCCGUUGGAGUUGCCCCCGACACAGAUGAUCGCAUCGCAAGCUAGCUUUCAGGGUGGACAGCAGUUACAGCCAAUGCAGAGCGGUUUUAUGAACAUCCCGAUCCAGGAUUCCUCACAAUCGUCAUCGUCGCUUACAGGGAUGGGAAUCAGCGGCACGAGUGAGCUUGGCAUGCAGCUGAAGGAAAGCAACGAGGUGGAUCAGAUGAUACGCGAACUGUCCACUGCGGACAUUGAUCUGUUGCAGGUAUUUAAAAGCUUCGACAACAACAGUCUGCUGCUGUUCAGCGAUGUCGACGUGGCGAAUCUGUGCGACGUGCCGGUGGGCGAUGGCAGUCAGUCGCAAUCCUCACCCAACAAGGACCGAGAGCGGUUGGAGCAGCGCGCAGAAAUCUUGAAACUACAGGCACAGAUGCAGCGUAAACAAGAUUUUCUUGCUCGCCGUCUCAGCAAGCUAAAGGCCCGGUAUAUGGGCCAGCACAUCAGUGAAGAAAUUGCCGGCCUGUUCGAGUACACACAGCGCUUCUGGAAGAAGCGUGAAAAAGAAAACGCUAAACAUCUGCACAACAUGAACAACAGUAUCAACAACGGCAACGGUGGAGGGCAGGCGGUGAGCAAUAUAGGUUUAAAUGUUGCCACCACGAUGGGGACGCUUUCCGGUGAGGGUAUCAAUAGUUGGCCCGAGAUUAUUCCGUUUCAAGCGCCCCCGCCCGAUCAGACACCGGAAAAGCUGAAACCGAUUUCUGCCAACGCACUCAAGACGUUCACCAAGCGGCUCGAAUCCGUUGUGAAUAUGAUCUGUUCUGAGCAGAGCAAGCGCGUCCUCGACAGUCGAUACUUUCACGGUGUCAGUAACAUUGGUAGCGGGGCAUCCUCCUCGGCGGUACCAUCGACCAGUAGUGCAGAUCCGACCCACAUUGCCAACUUCUCCAACACCAUCCCGAUGUUUGAGCGAUCAGCAACGCAGGAACUGGAACAAACGGCCGGAAUGCUGUACGCCGAAUUGCGACAGGUUCAGUCAACAAUCGAUUCGGACGCAACGCUUAGCAGCUCGGGCGGCGAAUCAGCGGACGAAUCGAUGCCAUAUACGAACAAUGUACAGGAACCACUUCCAAUUACCGAACGAGCCGCGUGGAGGUGGGCCAACGAUAGAGCGGCCGUAGCGAGCAAAUGGACAUGGCUGUGGGCCCGUGUAGCAGACCUGGAAUAUCGCAUCCGGCAGCAUGGCGAGGUACUAAAUAAGAUACGCGUCAACAAGGGUUCCGUUGUGCUGGAAGAGCUAAACGUACCGAGCGAUCAGCUGUCCUCACAACAGUCGGUCAACGGUUAUCGUGGCCAGCUACCGGGCAGCAGCAAACCCUUAGCAUCCCAGACUGCAGUUAUGGAUGACGAGGAUGCCGAUAUGAUGUCCAGUUGUUCGCGUACCCGACCCUACUGUCGCUCGCAGUUCCGGAAACGGAAGCUAAUGCAAACGCACAACCUGCAUACCGUAUCGAAGCGAGCGGCUAAACCAAGCAACGUCAAGUGCGGAUGCCAGUGGCCGCUGCUUCCGUGUGCACUGUGCACGGGACGUACGGAUCCGACAGCACUGAGAGAUCCACUGGAUACGCUAACGUUCCCGGAACGGGUUGCACUUCUCGAUGCCAGUUUCCAUCCCGUGUUGAGCUUCCCAGAAGACAUUUCGUACAGCAUACAUCUGGAGGCGAUCAUGCGAACGCCGGAAUGGCAAAAUAAAAUGAUUCGCAGCAAAGCUACAUCCGCUAGUCUUACCGAAUCGUCGGUACCGAGAUCAUCAUCUUCACGUGGUGCAUUCUUCUCAUCCGGUGACGAAAUGACAUCAUCCUCGCACGGCAAGCGCUACACCAGCUCGGACGGCAAGCGGAAGUACGAGUCGAUGACCAGCAACAAGUACAAGAACAACGAUCGCUACCUAAGCGAUGGUGGAAACAAAUCUAAAAAAGCCAAAUCGAAGCGGGAUGUGAUACUAUCGAACAGUCGUAAAUCUGGAUCAGGAUAUUCGUACGACGCUUCGCGUUCGGGCUCGAAUGGGCAUCGGAACAAUAACAAGAACCAGCCGGGUGUGAGCAAAUCGAGAAAAUCUUCCCAUUGCUACGACUAUUACGAUGGCAAUGAUGGUGGUGUAAGUCGCAGUCGGAACACUUCCCCAACGCCCAACAAUCGUAAUGAAAGGAGGUAUCGGAACAGUAGUGCGUACGACAUCGGUAGCAUUGUGAUUCCACAGAGCAUGGCCGCCUCAACGAGGGUGUCCAUACCACAAUAUAAGGAUAUUGCCGUACCGAAAUGGCGCAUUGUUGGUGAGCAUGAGGAUACUGAUGACUCGGUCAACAACGAAGCGAACAACUCCGAUAAUGUAACGAGCGAUAACCAAAACGUGAUCAUCACCAUGGACGCGGAGUUAUCCACGGAAGGAAAUCAGACUAUCCUGAAAAGUCCGGUAAAAAGCGAUCCAACGAUUCCACCAAAUGGUACGAAAACAGUCGCCGUUCCGAUGCCAACUCCUUCCACAUCCGGAUGCAUCGAAACUCCGCAGCAACAGCAGCAAUUGAUUGUGAUACCGGCUCAGGAUGAGGAAGACAUCUCGGAUGAGGCGAUCAUGUUGAAGCACGAACGCGCUCUGCAGGAAGAACGCAAGAAGUUCCAAACUUAUCUGAAGUUCCCGUGGAGCCGACCACGCGCAAAGCGACGCACCGACAGCCGGGCCGGUUCCAGUGGUGGUAAUACACCCGAUCCGACUUCACCAGCACCGCCAACACCGAUGGUGGAUCAUGAUUCUUCGCCGGCAUGUCCAUCUACUCCAAUAACGCCCCAGGAUGGACAGGAGCUAUCCGAAGCAAAUGUUAUAAAUGCGCUUAAUAAAAGUCUUCACAAGAAAGAACGCCGUAGGACGGUAUCAUCGAAACGGGAAGACCAGCAAACUCAGGGAGCAGGCACCACUACACCGGAUACACGUGAAGUCGUUACACCGUAUGAAGCACUUCAGUUUCCACUUGCGGAUAACAUUUUUGAGGAUAUGGUACGUUCGAUGCCGAGCGACCACCUGGACAAUGAAUGUCUUAGCAAGCUAACCGGACGGAACGGUUUACCAUUCCGCCGUUCAAUGCAUCGAAACAACAACUUACUGCUAAAGGUGAAUUCGAGCGUUAAUCUUGCCCCGGCCAGUCUCGGGCUGGGCAGCCAAAACCCGCUCAGCUCGAACGCAUCGACCGCGACGACAGUGUCGGCGACCGAGACCGAUAUGGAAGAUUUCGACGAUGAAGAUCUGAUGCUCGCGAAGCGAAUGGAAAAAGAGCUCAUCAUGCAGCGAUUGCUAAACAGCCGCAAUGAAUCGCAACAGUACGAAAUAGUGCCACCGUCCGCCAAACCCAUGCUCGACGAUGACGAGGACGUCAUCGACGAUGAAGAGACGGAUACGGGCGAAUCGCUGUUCGUGGAGGAGGACGAUCCGAACGAUCCGGAAUGGCACGAUCGGCCAGCGGGUCGUUCCGGUGGCGGCGGCGGUGCUGCUGGUGGUAGUGGUGGUGGUGUUGGAAGCAAUGGUGCUGGAAAUGCAAGAGUUUAG